AUGGCAAUUUUAACGUUUUUUCUUUCAGAAACGAAACGCGAUCUACCUUCAGGAAAUGGUAUGGUCGCUGUGCCUUUAACAAAAUCAUCGUAUUUUAAUCCUUUUUUUGAUUAUCCCUUUUUUCCCAAAUCUAGUGUCAACAACGUUUUUGCCAAGCCUUCAGAUUUUUCCUUAACGCGAACUGGUAAACCCACUUUUUCAUCAUCAAGAGAAAUGUUUCUAAAUGGGGUUGAACCCGUUGAUACUUUUUUUAAAACGAAAAAAGAAAAAUUUUUGAAUAAUUUAUCAAAUGCUUAUGGAAGUCCUGCAGGAGGAAUGUAUGAAAUUUUUAAGAGAAGCGCUUUGUCAGAUGAUUCAUCUACCGAAACACCAAUUUUGGACUCAUCGUAUUUUAUUAAAAAAAAAUAUGAUUUUAUGAAAACUUUAUUCAAAACUCUAAAUGCUACAGCUAGUCCUGAAACGGAUAAAACACAGGAAACCGGGGAUUUAACGCCUGUAACUACUAAACCUACAAUUGUUCCUCCAGAUUUUUGGUUUCCUUUUGUUAAGCUACCCAAGACUCCAAAACCUCCUAAACCAACGAAACCACCUAAAGCCAAAAAAGUACUAAAAGAUAUGUUGGAUACUCUUCUUUUGCAAUCUUUAUUAAGUGAUUUGGAAAGUAACAUGAAAGAUACGACUUUGAGCAAACGUAGUAUACUUGAUUCUGAACCAAGUAAUAAAUUAGUUAAUAAAAAAACUAAAUCUAAAAGUAAAACAUCAGAAGUUUCUUCUGAAAAAUCAUACGAUUGUAUUGAUAAGUUGAUAAAAAUUUUAAAUAGUACUACAGAUGACAGUUUUUUCACUGAUUUAACGACGACUGUUUCACCAACGAGUAAAUCAAAGUUGAAAGAAAUGGAUUAUGUUGCAAAACUAGAUGAAUUUUUUGAUUUUUUGAUAAAAGCUUUUAAUGAAACGGCAGAGGCUCAAAAAUACGCAGAUAAAUCCGGAAAAAGUAAAAGUAGUACGGGGAAAAAAUUCAAAAGAUCAACUUUUCUUGACGAGUUACUUCAUAGAGUUUCAACACCAGCCCCGACAACUGUAAAACCAACGGAAUAUUUAGAAAAAACAAAUUUUGAUGACGUAAAAGAAUUUAUUGUAGAAUGUUGUUGUAGUUUUGAUAAAGGGAAAUUUCCCGAAUCCGAAAAACCUACCAGAUCGAUAUUAUUUAAUCCAUUAGGGUUUAAUUACAUGAUCCCGCAGUAUCUCUAUGCUGCCAAAAUGAAUAUGUACUUAGACAAACUUACCGAUGCCUUAAAUGCCGCGAAUUCUAAUAGCAAACCAGACGUGGCUUCAGAUUUCGAUAAGAGAAGCUCGGAUUUCGUACCAGAAAGCUUAGCAAAAUUUUCUUUCAAAGAGGAAGCCAUUGAUAUGGUUAUUAAUGAAUUAAGCGACCUAAAAAACAGUAUGAUUGUAGCUUUUACUGAUGCAAUUAAAGCUCAAAAAGAUGCAAUGUCAUCAACCCUACCUUAUUAUGGCCCUACUGGUAAAACUUUUAAAAAACCAUGGGGCCCUAAACCCAUGCCAACAGUAGAUCCUGUAGCACCUGUUCAAAAACAAAUUGAUGUUUUAAUUAAAGUAGAAAAGAUUUUAAUUUUCACGAAUGAGCCUGAAAAUAAUUCUAAAUUGUUAAGUAAUUUAACUGAAAUUUUUAAUUCACCUUCACCUUCAAACAUGGCUCAUCAAUUUAAAAUUUCACCGACUGAACCCACGGAAAAUCCAAAUAAUCCAGCCUUCUUUUUAUCUAAAACUAGAGAAUAUUUGCAAAAUUUGUACGGCGUUAAAAAUGAUACAUAA